CACAGAGCUCCGCCCCCGGUCUCCUCCAGGAUGGACAAAGACAGGAGUCACAGGACUGAGAGGAUAAUAAAUAUCACCCUGGAGAUCAUUUACCUGCUGACUGGGGAGGAUUACACAGUAGUGAAGAAGACAUCCAAUGAGUGUGAGAUACUCAACAGCCAUCCCUGUGUGUUAGGAGGUCUGAGUAGAACCCAGAGCCACAUCCCAGUGCCUCCACCUGACUCACUAAUACAUGAGAGACCCAAUGACCAAAAGAUCCUGGAACUCACCAACAAGAUCAUUCAGCUGCUGACUGGAGAGGAGGGGGAGUAUAUAGAGGAACACAGGGGUCUGUACAAGGACGUGAUGAUGGAGAAUCACCGGCCCCUCACAUCUCUGGAUAAGAGGAGACUGUCAUGUAUUGUACAGGGGAGAGCAGAAGGACCCAGUAACCGAGAUAUCUCAGAGAGAUGUCCCCGUCCUCUGUAUACCCAGGACUGUACAGAGGAGUAUCACAGGAUCCCACAGGAGGAUCAGGGUGAAGCCCAGUUAAAUAAUAUUAAAAUCAAAGAUACAGAGGGAGAAGUAGAGACGUAUGUGACUGAUAUGAAGGCAGAAGAUAUAGAGGGAGAAGAAGAGACGUAUGUGACUGAUAAAAAGGCAGAAGAUAUAGAGGGAGAAGAAGAGACGUAUGUGACUGAUAUAAAGGCAAAAGACAUAGAUGGAGAAGAAGAGACGUAUGUGACUGAUAUAAAGGCAGAAGAUAUAGAGGGAGAAGAAGAGACGUAUGUGACUGAUAUAAAGGAAGAAGAUAUAGAGGGAGAAGAAGAGACGUAUGUGACUGAUAUGAAGGCAGAAGAUAUAGAUGGAGAAGAAGAGACGUAUGUGACUGAUAUGAAGGCAGAAGAUACAGAGGGAGAAGAGACGUAUGUGACUGAUAUAAAGGCAGAAGAUAUAGAAGGAGAAGAGAUGUACGUGACUGAUAUGAAGGCAGAAGAUACAGAGGGAGAAGAAGAGACAUAUGUGACUGAUAUAGAGACAGAAGAUACAGAGGGAGAAGAAGAGACGUAUGUGAGGGGUGAUCAGCAGUGUAAGGAGGAGGAGAUCCCUACAGAUAUCAGCACAGCAGAUGGACACACAAGCAGAAAUAUCUCAGAAGGACAUGUAAUGUUAUCCCCGGAUUGUGACAUAAAAGAUAAUGACAGUAGACAGGAUUCUCCAGGAGAUAACCCCAUUACCCCAAUUAUACAUUCAGCUCUAUCAGCUGAUCCCCCUGAUCCUGGGAAAUGUUCUCCUGAUCACUCUGAUAUUGGUGCAUCUGUUAUAGCUCUGACAGAUAUAGUGUUUCCAUGUUCUAUAGAUACCAAAUGUUUUACACAGAACACAAAGUGUAUUAACCCACACACAGGUAAGGCAGGUGAAAGGCCAGUAUGUCCGGAGUGUGAGAAAUGUUUUACAUACAAAUCAGAUCUUGUUAUACAUCAGAGAAGUCACACAGGUGAGAAGCCAUUUCCAUGUUCUGAGUGUGGGAAAUGUUUUGCACGGAAAUCACGUCUUGUUAGACAUCCGAGAAGUCACACAGGUGAGAAGCCAUUUCCAUGUUCUGAGUGUGGGAAAUGUUUUACACAGAAUUCACAACUUGUUGCACAUCAGAGAAGUCACACAGGUGAGAAGCCAUUUCCAUGUUCUGAGUGUGGGAAAUGUUUUGCACAGAAAUCAGUUCUUGUUAAACAUAACAGAAGUCACACAGGUGAGAAGCCAUAUUCAUGUUCUGAGUGUGGGAAAUGUUUUGCAUACAAAUCAGCUCUUGUUAAACAUAACAGAAGUCACACAGGUGAUAAGCCAUUUCCAUGUUCUGAGUGUGGGAAAUGUUUUGCACACAAAUCAGAUCUUGUUAUACAUCACAGAAGUCACACAGGUGAGAAGCUGUUUCCUUGCUCCGAAUGCGGGAAAUGUUGUGCAAGUAAAUCACAUCUUGUUAUACAUCACAGAAGUCACACAGGUGAGAAGCCAUUUUCUUGCUCUGAGUGCGGGAAAUGUUUUACACAAAAAUCACAUCUUGUUACACAUCACAAAAGUCACACAGGUGAGAAGCCAUUUCCAUGUUCUGAGUGUGGGAAAUGUUUUGCACAAAAAUUACAUCUUGUUAUACAUCACAGAAGUCACACAGGUGAGAAGCCAUUUUCUUGCUCUGAGUGUGGGAAAUGUUUUACACGGAAAUCACAUCUUGUUACACAUGAGAGAAGUCACACACGUGAGAAGGUAUUUUCUUGCUCUGAGUGCGCGAAAAGUUUUACCUGGAAAUCCCACUUUGUUAUACAUCAGAGAAGUCACACAGGUGAGAAGCCAUUUUCUUGCACUAAGUGUGGGAAAUGUUUUACACGGAAAUCAAAUCUUGUUACACAUUACAGAAGUCACACAGGUGAGAAGGCAUUUCCAUGUUCUGAGUGCUGGAAAUGUUUUACACGGAAAUCAUAUCUUCUUAGACAUCAGCGAACUCACACAGGUGAGAGGCCAUUUAUAUACUCUGAGAAAUAAAUCAGCUCUUGUUGCACAAAUUAGACAUCACUCAGGUGAGGAACCAUUUUAAUCUUCUGGAGUAUACUCAUCAUUGCCAUGCAUUGUUCUUCAAGGUUCUUAUCCUAUCUCCUAUGCUUUUUGCAAUAUACAUGCUACCACUGGGUGUUAGGGUCUCCUGCCCUGUACUGCCACGUCGUCAUGGCAACCGGGAGACAAGUGCUAGCGGAGUAACCUGAGCGCAGCUGAUACUCCGGUUCGGGUCUUUUGCUGUGCAGUGGUUACAGGCUCUGUGCACGGCAGGGGAUCCGGUGCUGGUUUUUGUGCUCAGUCUGUGAGUUCUGAGUGGGGCGUGGACAGCACCUGCUUUAUAAGGCCUCUUCUCAGGUUAAGCAGAUGCUGCUGAAUCUUUGUUGGUUAGUCAGUUCCUGAAAGUUAGCCAGUACUGUGUAGCUUUGUAUUUGUUGUUGCUUACUGCAAAUAGGCCUGGGGAUUUGGUACUACACUCUGCCAAUCCAGACCUAGCAGUAAGACUGGAGUCAGUCGUUUAGCUUGCUGGGGUUCUUUUACUACUCUGUGAACUUAGCAAGUUUGCGGCUGUAUUCUAAGACUUGCCUGCCUAAAUUCUGUCUCACUGUGCAAGGUGUUCAGGUGUCAGCUUAGUGGCAGUAAGCUGAACCUGUGCACUGCAAGUGAGAAUUAGGAUUGUGGAGACUCUCCUUGUAUCUAUCAUUCCAUCUCUGACCAAGGAGUUUACUGGCACACCCGUUGGUAACCCUUUAGGGUUUUGCUGUUUCCCUUAGCAACAGCAUUUCGGGUUCUCUACGUAUUAAAACACAACAUCUUGCUUUUCCCAUCUGAGCAUUACUAAUACUAGGGAGACACCCAGUUCCUUAGCCUCUGGGCUUCUCUGUUCACUUUGUGUGUAUUUUGUUACCCUAUCACCUUCUGUGUACGUAAUGUCAUAUUCCCCAGUCUGUCUGUGAGUUCAUUUGUUUUGCAUACCUAUCCGUUCAGACACCAGUACAUUCCUGCAGGCACUGGUGUGCAUAACAGUUCAAACACCAGUACAUUCCUGCAGGCACUGGAGUGCAUAACAGUUCUGGCACCAGUACAUUCCUGCAGGCACUGGUGUGCAUAACAUAUUCAGCAGCCUAAUACUCCUGUUGAAAUUUUGUGGGAAUAUGGAGCAUACCCCUCAAAAUACGUUGCAACAGGUGGUCGAUCAGGUGCAGGUCCUGACUCGACAAUUUAAUGAUUUGUCCAUUAAAAUGCACACCUCCCAGGCCGCUGGCGGAGCUCCCGCAGCAGCAGCACCUUCAGGGGUUAAGGAGCCGAAAGUAAAUCUCCCGGAUCGUUUUUCUGGAGAUCGCUCGCAGUUCUUUUGUUUCAAGGAGAGCUGGAAGCUAUACUUCCGGCUUAGGCCUCAGUCUUCUGGGUCGGAGAUUCAGCGGGUGGGCAUAGUGAUUUCCUUGCUACAAGGAGACCCACAGGUCUGGGCAUAUGGGUUGCAGCCUGAAUGUCCGUCGCUUAAAAGUGUUGAUGCUUUUUUUACGGCACUGGGCAUGUUGUAUGAUGACCCUGACAAGACGGCCUCAGCCGAGGCUCAGAUUUCGAUCCUUAAGCAAGGGCGAAGGCCAGUUGAGGUUUACUGUACGGAGUUUCGGAGGUUGGCUCAUGAUACCCAGUGGAAUGACCCAGCCCUGAGACACCAGUACCGAAGAGGUCUUUCUAACCAGAUAAAGGACCAACUGGUACAAUAUCCCUUGCCUGAUAGCUUGGAUCAGCUCAUGCAGUUAUCCAUCCGGGUGGAUAGACGGCUGAGAGAGCGUAGGCUUGAAAGGGAGACUGAGGUUUCCUUCUUUCCCAAGGGAACCUCAGACUCUGAGGAAUUUUCCGAGGAGCCUAUGCAGAUUGGGGCUACCCGCCUCUCCUCGCGUGAGAAGAUGCGGAGGAGACAGCAGGGGUUGUGUUUGUACUGUGGGAAUAAAGGUCAUGUGGUAGUAUCAUGCCCAGAAAAGCCGGAAAACUUCAGGGCCUGAGGGUGAUGGGAAAUAUCCUGUCAGGGGAGGGGUCCUGGGGUGCACACCGGUAAUGAGAGGUGCGACCCUGCGGAGACCUUUCAGUAGAACUGCAUACAAAGAAAAAGGUUGCAGGUGCACAAUUCAAACAUUACCAAAUUAUUAAUAAUAAUAAUUGCAAUAAAAUUUUGCAUUUUAAGCGAGGUUCUUCGCUUAGUUAUGGCCAUAAGUAACGGCUUGCCCACCGCGUCCAGGUGACCUCAUUAGUCGGGCAAGUCCCUAACAUUUUGGGGGGUACAAAUCUAGGGUGCGGGACCCCCCAAAUAUCCUGUCAGGGCAGAAGUCAGAAUUUCCCAAGAAGACCUUUUAUCAUUCCGGUGACCUUGAAGAUCCUUGGUCAAACUGUCAAGACUGAGGCCUUUGUGGACAGUGGGGCCGACGGGGUUUUUAUGGACCGCCAAUUCGCCCUGAAACACUCUGUUCCCUUAGUACCCUUGGCAUCGGAAAUUGAGAUUUGUGGGUUAAACGGGGAUCCAUUAUCCCAAGGUAAAAUUACCUCUUGCACUAGCCAGAUUUCUUUGUUUAUUGGAGCCACACACUCUGAAAAAUUGUCCUUUUAUGUGACUGUCUGUACUUUUGCCCCCAUUGGUGUUGGGGUUACCAUGGUUAAGGGCCCACAAUCCUCAAUUUGACUGGGUCUCUGGGGAGAUUUUUAGUUGGGGUACUGAUUGUUUCAGGAGUUGCUUGAGCCUUCCAGUCAGGCUCUCGCAGUUAAGAUUGCCAGGGUGUUAUGCAGAUUUUGCGGACGUGUUCUCCAAAAAAGUUGCAGAGGUACUACCUCCCCAUCGCCCCUAUGACUGUGCCAUUGAUUUGUUGCCAAAUGCUAAGCUUCCCAAGA